AUGUGUGACGAUGAAGUAUCGGCACUCGUAAUAGACAAUGGUUCGGGAAUGUGCAAGGCGGGAUUUGCUGGUGACGAUGCUCCACGAGCAGUAUUCCCGUCGAUUGUUGGCCGACCGCGUCAUCAAGGUGUGAUGGUCGGCAUGGGACAGAAAGAUUCAUACGUUGGUGAUGAAGCGCAGUCCAAACGAGGUAUUCUCACGCUGAAAUAUCCGAUAGAACACGGCAUUGUAACCAACUGGGAUGACAUGGAGAAGAUCUGGCACCACACAUUCUACAACGAGCUCCGCGUGGCUCCCGAGGAGCAUCCAGUGCUGCUUACAGAGGCCCCACUUAACCCCAAAGCUAAUCGGGAAAAGAUGACCCAAAUCAUGUUCGAAACUUUUAAUUCACCUGCUAUGUAUGUCGCCAUCCAAGCCGUGCUGUCCCUUUACGCUUCUGGCCGCACUACUGGUCUGGUAUUGGAUUCGGGUGAUGGCGUAACGCAUACCGUGCCAAUAUACGAAGGUUACGCUUUGCCGCAUGCUAUCCUACGUUUGGAUUUAGCUGGACGUGAUUUGACUGAUUAUCUGAUGAAGAUUCUUACCGAACGUGGUUACUCCUUCACUACAACUGCUGAAAGAGAAAUUGUUCGCGAUAUCAAGGAAAAACUUUGUUAUGUUGCCUUGGAUUUUGAACAAGAAAUGGCAACUGCUGCAAGUUCAUCGUCCUUAGAAAAGUCGUAUGAGUUACCAGAUGGCCAAGUAAUCACUGUCGGUAACGAACGAUUUCGUUGUCCGGAAUCACUCUUUCAGCCAUCAUUUCUUGGAAUGGAAAGUGCUGGAAUUCACGAAACAUCAUAUAAUAGCAUUAUGAAGUGCGACAUUGAUAUUCGUAAAGAUCUUUAUGCAAAUACCGUUUUAUCUGGUGGUAGCACUAUGUAUCCUGGAAUUGCUGAUCGAAUGCAAAAAGAAAUUACUGCUUUGGCACCAAGCACGAUGAAAAUCAAAAUUAUUGCCCCACCCGAGCGUAAAUAUUCUGUUUGGAUUGGUGGCUCCAUUUUGGCUUCUCUCUCAACUUUCCAACAAAUGUGGAUUUCCAAACAGGAAUACGAUGAAUCUGGGCCAUCAAUUGUUCAUCGUAAAUGCUUCUGA